AUGCUUCCGCAUCGUGUCCCCGUGGCGGCGUCUACGAAGCUACGCGCACCGCCGCGGCAGAAGAUCAUUUACUACCUGCUGUGCUUCCUAGGCGUGAUAACGGUAGUGCAAAUGUUGCGGUUUCUGUAUGGCAAGUGCGAUACACGCGUGCAGAUGUCGUCGCUGCUGACCAAGACCUCACGUAUCCUCCAGCGCAACAAUAUCGAGUACUGGCUGGACAAGGGCACGCUUCUAGGUGUACACAGAGAUGAUGGACUUAUUCCCUGGGAGUAUGAUGUGGAUAUAGGCGUUAUGAACGCAACGUGCUCCGAAAUUUCAACGCUCAAGAGUGAAUUCGAGGCUGUCGGACUCACGGCCUACGACCGCGACGAUGACAUCCCGCAUAAAGUCAAGCUAACGUACGAUACUGAGAACCAUAAAUUGUACUGUUCGGACCCGAGGCUACACGACCCGUGUAUCCGUGUGUACGACACGGCAGACAUCAGCACAUGGGUGGACAUUUACUGGUAUGUGGAGUUGACACACGAAGACGUGGCGAAGGAUCGCGAGAAUGUGCUAGUUCCACCUGGAUACGACGAGGAAGACAGUCUCAUAUGCUGCUCGGAAGGCCUGCAAGCACACACAGAGCACAUGUGUUGUGGAGGUUGUGUACCGCGCAAGGCGCUCUUUCCGUUGCAACGUACGAACGUGAACGUCCACGACGGUGUCAACCCUGUUCAGGAACAACCCGUGCCGGCUGAAGUAGCGCAGUUCCUAUCGAUUCAGUACGGCAAAAACGCGUUGACGAGUCGCGAGAUCAAGGGUUGGAAGGGUGUGGUGUGCGGGUUUUGGACGAGUCCGCUGCUAUUUAUGGUACAUCUGGCCCUGCUCAAUGGGGUGUUAGUGGCGCUGGUGAUGUACUACCGACGCCGGUGCCCAACUGGCAGCUCCAAGCGGCGAAAACUCUAG